AUGGGGAAAUAUAGCGUGAUUGUGGAAAUUAUGGAGAGCGUAGAACAGGUUUUGUAUAGUGUUAUUAGUGUGAUUAUCGUACUUCAGAUGAUUAUCAGCAGCCGCAAAGUGGUUUAUCUGCUAAGACAGUUGAGUCUGUUCGAUGUUAAAGCAAAGUCGACGUUCAAGCAACCAAAAAUUAAAACAACCAACUCAAAAAUUUAUCGUUUUAUAAUUAUUUCAGGCGUAGUUCUAGUUAUUUUGGCAGUUCUCAAACAUGGUGUAUUUUUCUACUUUGUUAACCCUAUAACAACUAUAAUUUUUUUGUACAAUGUUCGUGGUCUCGUCGCACUUAUAAUUUACUCUUUAGUUCUGAUAGAAUUCAGCGCUUUAGCGUUCACGUUGAAGCAAAAAUUCGAACUUAUAAAUAAGUUUCUCUUGUCGCUUAAUUUCCAACUGAAAAGUGGCCACAAUUGUAACGAAGUGACCCAAAAAGUGAAAUUUGUGUCUCAAAUUUACAACCACCUAUGUGACUUAAGUAAAAUUCUGUGUCAAAUUUUUUCAGUACCGAUUAUCUUCCUAACAUUCGCGCAAGUUUUGAUUUUAAUAUCAGCGAUUUUUUCGCUAGUGGAAUUUGGUUUUGUGAAUGAAGGACCCGUGGAGUCUCCAGGAAGCGUCGGCCAAGACUUCGCCGACAUUCUCAUUUAUUUUACCCUGACAUUCCUACUCAUCUCUUCGUCGUCGAAAACCAUGAACGAAGCAAGAAAAACCGCCAUUCUAGCCCACCUGCUAAUCGCCGAUAAUCACUUAUCACAAGAGCUGCAUUUCACGGUAGUAAAUUUCUCUCUCCAAUUAGCCCACAACGACGUCCGUUUUACAGCUUGCAAUUUUUUCGCAAUCGAUGAAUCACUAAUUCGCUCGUUCGAGUUCGACGUAAAAAAACACCAUAAAAACAAACUUCAAGUACAAUAA